CUGCCAUUCGUUGUCGACGCGCCCAUGCGGCUCAGAAGGAAUCGCAUGCACAAAAUGUAUGGUGGAGCAGGACGGAGAAACAAGAAUGCCCCUCACAAGCCCUCGAUGGGCUCAAGCAGCAUGCAGCAUGACGCGCAGGGGGUCCUUAAGAUAGAGUCCGUGUCGGAUGCGCGAGCCAUCGCCAGGGUCAUAGGGCUUUUUGACGAAGAGAGUUGCGGGCGCAGAAGGUGACCUGGGAGAUUAGACUGUUUGUUGUAUGCUCGCGUCUGAAGGGGGAAACUGAGAAGCAUGUGCAGCGAUCAUGGACGUUGCG